CGCGCGCAGAGAGCUGGAGGGCUGGAGGGGGAACCGGUCCAAAUUGGCUGAGAUGGACAUUUAGGGGGAGGGGCACUUAAAUUUGGAGCCCCCUCCCCACCCUGGUACCUCCGGUACCACUUGGGAGGGGAAGGAUGGAGCGGAAGGAGGGGGGCAAGUAAAAGUUUCUUGCCAGGCUGUGCCAGCCCUGAGCUUUCCCCUCUCUCCCCCCAGCGCACAGACUUGGGGGAGGAGCGGGGUGCGGGGCAGCGCGUCUCCCUCGGGUAGGAGCGAGAGACGAGCCAAGGCCGAGGAAGCUGGCUGCGGGCUCAUUGCCCGGGAGCUGAUGCUCGGAUCCGGCGGGCGGCGCAGCCCGGAGCUAGGAGCGGCGGACGCUGGCUACCUGUCAUUGCGCCCGGGGCCCAGGGCCCGGGGGAAGGGGAGCGGCCGGCGGCGAGGGGCGGGGGCUGCAGACUCCGGCCACUCCCCCUCCCGGGGCUCGGGCUCUGGCUCCUGUCCUGGGGGUGGCCACUCGCGCCCUCCUCUCCCACUGCUGGCCGCGCGCUCCAUCGGCUCCGGAGGGGCCCCCCAGCUGCCCCGCGCCCACCCACUCCCCCAGCUCCCAGCGGCCACUCUCCCCCGCAACUUUCUGUGCUUUGUUCUCCGGCUGGAAAUGAUUUACGGAAGCCUCUUGGACAGGGUCUCCGCCAGGCGGCAAGAGCCCCGCGCUGAAAUGUGUUGCCUUCUCAUCUGCCCAUCAAUUAUGGAUGGAAACAAAUAAGCAAGAGUCAAUUUUGCAUGAGCCCCUGCUCGGGCGCAGAGAGUCGACAAGGAGCCGGCGUUGGCAGGGGAAUGGUGAAGCUGCAAGGGUUGUACUGUUUUGAGUUGACUGCUUUUCAGAUGGAAAGAGAAAGAGACCAAGGGAGAGAGGCAAAGACACCACAGAACCAAAGCUUCCUUCAGUGAGAUCCUCCAGAGUUGCUCCUUCUUCAAGGAUUUCUAGCCUUCCAAAUUCUGCUCAGUCAUCAGGAUGAAGGAUGAGGUAGCUAAGUAGUAUAUCUGAGGAGGUACGUCUCUGCCUUCAUCUUGGCCCACCAUGAGGUUCUUCUUGCCCUGUGCCUACGUACUGCUCCUGAUGAUUACCCAGUUGAGAGCAGUCAGCUUCCCUGAAGAUGACGAACCCCUGAAUACUGUUGACUACCACUCCCAUUUUCACUUGCAGAUUCAAAGCAAUAUCCGGUUUUUAGAGGACGCCCUUCAGGCAAUGAAUCUCAGCACAGGCUGGACUUUCAGCUGAUGUUGAAAAUUCAAGACACACUUUAUAUUGCUGGCAGGGAUCAAGUUUAUACAGUAAAUUUAAAUGAAAUCCCCAAAACAGAAGUAAUCCCAAGCAAGAAACUGACAUGGAGAUCACGGCAACUGGAUCGAGAAAACUGUGCUAUGAAAGGCAAACAUAAAGAUGAGUGCCACAACUUUAUCAAAGUGUUUGUUCCAAGAAACGAUGAGAUGGUGUUUGUCUGUGGUACCAACGCAUUCAACCCCAUGUGUCGAUACUAUAGGCUGAAUACCUUAGAGUAUGAUGGGGAAGAAAUUAGUGGCCUGGCAAGAUGCCCAUUUGAUGCCAGACAAACCAAUGUUGCCCUUUUUGCUGAUGGAAAGCUGUACUCUGCCACAGUGGCUGACUUCUUAGCCAGUGAUGCUGUUAUUUAUCGAAGCAUGGGUGAUGGAUCUGCCCUUCGCACAAUAAAAUAUGAUUCCAAAUGGAUAAAAGAGCCCCACUUUCUCCAUGCCAUAGAAUAUGGGAACUAUGUCUACUUCUUCUUUCGAGAAAUUGCUGUGGAACAUAACAACUUAGGCAAGGCUGUCUAUUCCCGUGUAGCCCGCAUAUGUAAAAAUGACAUGGGGGGCUCCCAGCGGGUCCUAGAGAAACACUGGACUUCCUUCCUGAAGGCUCGGCUGAACUGUUCCGUCCCUGGAGAUUCGUUUUUCUACUUUGAUGUAUUGCAGUCUAUCACAGACAUAAUACAAAUCAAUGGCAUCCCCACUGUGGUUGGGGUGUUUACCACACAGCUCAACAGCAUCCCAGGUUCUGCAGUGUGUGCCUUUAGCAUGGAUGACAUUGAAAAAGUAUUCAAAGGACGUUUUAAAGAGCAGAAGACCCCAGAUUCUGUUUGGACAGCAGUCCCCGAAGACAAAGUACCAAAGCCAAGGCCUGGCUGUUGUGCAAAGCAUGGCCUUGCUGAGGCAUAUAAAACCUCCAUCGAGUUCCCAGAUGAAACCCUGUCUUUCAUCAAAUCCCACCCACUGAUGGAUUCAGCUGUUCCCCCCAUUGCUGAGGAGCCCUGGUUUACGAAGACUCGGAUCAGGUACAGACUGACCGCCAUUGCAGUGGACCACUCGGCUGGACCCCACCAGAACUACACGGUCAUCUUUGUUGGCUCGGAAGCUGGCGUGGUACUUAAAGUUCUGGCAAAGACCAGCCCUUUCUCUUUGAACGACAGCGUGUUACUGGAAGAGAUAGAAGCCUAUAACCAUGCAAAGUGCAAUGCUGAGAACGAGGAGGACAGAAAGGUUGUCUCUUUGCAGCUGGAUAAAGAUCAUCAUGCGCUCUACGUGGCCUUCUCAAGCUGCGUGGUCCGUAUCCCUCUCAGCCGCUGUGAGCGGUACACGUCGUGUAAGAAGUCUUGUAUUGCAUCUCGCGACCCGUACUGUGGUUGGUUAAGCCAGGGGGGCUGUGAGAGAGUGACCCCAGGGAUGCUGCUGCUAACUGAAGACUUCUUUGCUUUCCAUAACCACAGCGCUGGAGGAUAUGAGCAAGACACAGAGUACGGCAACACAGCCCAUCUAGGGGGCUGCCAUGAAAUUUUGCCUACUUCAACUACACCAGAUUACAAAAUAUUUGGCGGUCCAACAUCUGACAUGGAGGUAUCCUCUUCUUCUGUUACCACAAUGGCAAGUAUCCCAGAAAUCACACCUAAAGUGAUUGAUACCUGGAGACCUAAACUGACGAGCUCCCGGAAAUUUGUAGUUCAAGAUGACCCAAACACUUCUGAUUUUACUGAUCCUUUGUCAGAUAUCCCAAAGGGUGUCCGAUGGGAAGUCCAGUCUGGAGAGUCCAACCAGAUGGUCCACAUGAAUGUCCUCAUCACCUGUGUCUUUGCUGCUUUUGUUUUGGGUGCGUUCAUUGCAGGGGUGGCAGUAUAUUGCUACCGUGACAUGUACGUUCGGAAAAACAGGAAGAUCCAUAAGGAUGCAGAAUCUGCUCAGUCGUGCACAGACUCCAGUGGAAGUUUUGCCAAAUUGAAUGGUCUCUUUGACAGUCCAGUCAAGGAAUAUCAACAGAAUAUCGACUCUCCCAAAUUGUACAGCAACCUACUGACCAGUCGCAAAGAGUUGCCGCCCAAUGGAGAUACAAAAUCCAUGGUGAUGGAACAUCGAGGUCAGCCUCCCGAGCUGGCUGCUCUUCCCACACCUGAAUCUACACCUGUGCUUCACCAGAAGACCCUGCAGGCUAUGAAAAGCCACUCAGAAAAGGCCCAUGGCCAUGGGGCUUCAAGGAAAGAAGUCCCCCAGUUUUUCCCUUCUAGUCCUCCACCCCACUCCCCACUAAGUCAUGGACAUAUCCCCAGCGCCAUUGUUCUUCCUAAUGCUACCCAUGACUACAACACAUCCUUCUCAAACUCUAAUGCUCACAAAGCUGAAAAGAAGCUUCAAAACACUGACCACCCUCUUCCCAAAUCAUCCAGUAAAAGGGAUCACCGUCGUUCCGUGGAUUCCAGAAAUACCCUCAAUGAUCUCCUGAAACAUCUCAAUGACCCCAACAGUAACUCCAAAGCGAUCAUGGGCGAUAUCCAGAUGGCCCACCAGACCCUCAUGCUGGAUCCCGUGGGACCUAUGUCUGAGGUCCCACCCAAGGUCCCCAACCGGGAGGCAUCCCUUUAUUCUCCACCUUCAACUCUCCCCAGAAAUAGCCCAACCAAGAGAGUGGAUGUUCCUACCACUCCUGGAGUCCCAAUGACUUCUCUGGAAAGACAAAGGGGUUAUCACAAAAAUUCCUCCCAGAGGCACUCUAUAUCUGCUAUGCCUAAAAACUUAAACUCACCCAAUGGUGUUUUGUUGUCUAGACAACCUAGUAUGAACCGUGGCGGAUACAUGCCCACCCCCAUGGGGGCAAAGGUGGAUUAUAUUCAGGGAACACCAGUGAGUGUUCACCUGCAGCCUUCCCUCUCCCGACAGAGCAGUUAUACCAGUAAUGGCACCCUUCCUAGGACGGGACUAAAGAGGACACCAUCCUUAAAACCUGAUGUGCCACCAAAGCCUUCAUUUGUUCCUCAAACCACAUCUGUCAGACCACUGAACAAAUACACUUACUAAGCCUCAAGUGUGCUAUUUCCCAUGUGGCUUUCUUCUGUCCAUGUUGUGAGGGUGUUGUAAGGGUACCUUAAGAUAAGAGACUUACUUGUAUUUUAAGAGAGCCAAGUGGCCAAAGAAACUCCUCCUAACUUUGGCAGCAUCAGAACUUGCCACAUGUAGCUACUACAACAAGGCUUCUGUGUACUUGUCAGAAAACAAAGGAAGAUGCUGGUCAUUCCAUUUCUUUUGUUUGAACCUAAAGAGAUGUGUAGCUCUAAGGGGCAACCUUACCAGUAUAAAAUGCUGAUACAGUACUCAGAAGAAUCUGUAAGCAAAUACUUGAAAAUGGGUUGGAUUUAGACUGCUGUUGUGUGGUCUUCCCAUUAAAUGUGAACAUUUUAUUAUGUAUGCAUUCACCUUGCCUCUUGCACAAAUGUCAAAAAAAAAAAAAAAAGGUAAUGUUUCAAACAAACUUGUAGAUUACCAAACAAUUUGCUAAAAAAAAAAAAAAAUCUGUAUUUGACCCAAAUUGUAGCAUUUUUUCAUGUGUGGCACUUUUUUCAGGCCACCAAUGAACUAUACUGAGUGUGUGUGUGUGUGUGUGUGUGUGUGUGUGUGUGUGUGUGUGUGUACCUGCGAGCUUGUGUGUCUGAGUUCUGUACUCACUAGGAUUUGUUGAGGUGCCCAUUAUGUCUGUUUGUGCUAUGGAAUUGUUCACACUGAGCAUGACUGAACAGGAAACAAUGACUUCUCCCCACAACGCUCCACUGGAUUCAGUGUUGAGAAGGAGAUAAAACUGAGGUGGAUUUGACCAUCAAAAUUAUUAGCUUGGUUCUGUGGUGCCUAAAGCCAGAAUGUAAGAGUUCUAGGUAAUUUUGUGCUGCUAUUCAUUUAAAACAAAUCUAUUACAGCUUAAGGAGACAGAGAUACUAAGAGGUAUUCUUGAUUUAGCCACCAGUAUUCAGUACUGAUAUUACCUGUCCAUUGUGAAUUCAAGCCAGAAUCACUCCACUAACUGUGGAUGCACUAAUCAGGUUUUAUUUUGAUUGUUUUGUUUUCCUUUAAUAAACUUUCUCUUUCUUUAACUACUUUGACCCCUGAAGAUCAAAAACAAAGCAAAAGACAAAAAAAAUAAUGAUAAUAAUGUGAAAGGAAUUGUAAUUGGCUUAACAAAAGUAGUCUAUGAAAACCUAACAGAGGUACAAUCAUGUUGUAUAUGUUGUGUUAUGUGAGCGUUUUCUCCUAAGUCAUGCAGGUAAUGACAAUAUACUGUAAAUAUUACAUGUGAGUUUACCUGAAUCUGUGCAUUUUGUGCCUUAUUCAUGAGAACGAUAGAAGUACUAAGAUAAUGUCAAGUGUUUUCAGUAGAGCACAUCAGUUACUGAGUGCCAGUCAUAAAUGUUUUUCAACCAGCACCUGAAAAAAAAAAGACUGGAAAAAGAAAGAUCAUGAGAACAGCUAAUUGUAAAACAGUACACCCCAAUAGCAGCAGUGUGUCCUUGGCCACACUAAACAUUCCACUCCUGCUUUCCUAAGGAUGACUCAGUGAUAAUGUGAAGGCCAUUGAGGUUUCUCGAGGAAGGCAACCCCUGCGGAAACCAUAAAGUCAUUUGGACAUAGUUUUGCAGAACCACUUACAGUAGCUGGAGUGCAGAGCCAGUGACUGUUUCAAUUAAUGUGAACCGAAUCUAUCUAGAAAGUAUCCAGGCAGACGAGUGCUCCUGACUCCGUCACACAAACGAGUUCAACUGAUGUCAUAAUAAUUCUGGUGACAUAUACUACUUUAGGGAGGACGGGUUGCAGAGACCAGAGCAUUUUUAUACAGAAUGUAUGUAGAAUACUGAAAAAGCUAUCCCUUUUUCCCCCCUUUGAGAAAUAUUAAUUUCUAAAGAACGUGAUGCCCUGAGAUCUCUGGAACCACAAAAGCUAAACCUUCUGUUCUUGAAACACUUCAGCUUAGCAACUAAAAUCUCACAGAUUAAUAAUAAGUUAAACCAACCAACAGUAAACACUACUCAGUCCACUGCCGACAAACGUGUUUGAAUUCACCUUACCAAUAUUAAUCCUGGCGUGCGGAAAACAGGAACAGUAACAUCUAUGUGACCCCUCCCCCCGAUAACAUUUUGUAACAUUGUGCUGCCUUGUAGUUUGUAAUGUGAGUUCUAUCAGUAUUUAUGUUGAGAUUUCUAACAUAAAAAUAAAUCUAGUCUCUAUCCUGUUAAUUUAAUUUUUAAAUGCUUUAUCCAUUUGUGCAAAGGUAAACACAGAUUGUAUCUUUUUUAAUGGUACGGCAUAAAAAGUAACCCUAAAGUGAAGGCUCUAUACUGUUUUAUAGAGUACUUUAACAUGUAUAGAUAUCUUGUAAACUUGUAUUGUGGAAGUGUAAAUAAUAUGUACUUUGGGUUUUUAACACCGCAUGUAAAGUCAAAAUAAAAUAUACAAAUCAUUAUA